CCAAUGGCAACGAACUCCAAACAAUCCUCUAGAUGUAAAAGAAGAGCAAGCACAAUAUUCCAACCUACAGAAUCUAGAGUCAUUCACUUGUAAGUAAUUCAUACAUUCCUCGCAUGACAAAUAAAAGUUGAUUUCGUUUAUUAAGCCUAUUAACUGAACCAAGUGUACACUUUCAGGACAUUUAUUUUGCGUUUUUAGCUGCUAUGUGCUUGCAUGUCAACCAUGUCAAUGUCAGCCAGGUGUUUGAAUAUUAGAUGACGAGACAGAGGCAUUGAUGCGAGUAACCAGUCUUGUUCAGUACAAGGUGCUCAUAAAUAUAGUUUUUUUUGUUAGGGUUAGGGUUUGUUGAAUCACAAAAUUACCUCUACACUAGCCUGCUAGCCAUUUGUGCAUCCUAUCGACCCCAAGUGUUUCAUGAACGUAAGGAGAUGAGCUCACCACUUUCAAUGUUGAGGAAAAACAGACGUGUGCCUCUUCCCGGGCCCAUGAACCAGCAAGGGAGAAGAGUGCCUUUCAAGGAGAAUCCAUUUUCAGAAUAUGAAGCUACUCUGCUGAAUGAUGUAUCUGCUUUGAAUCACCCUGCGCCUCAGGCUCAAGCCACUGAUAGUGUCUGUCCUUCCAGAUCAAAAACCAAACAAAAGAAAAGCAACAGUUGUUGUGCACCCCCUAUUGAUUUUGAGCUGAUGUCCUCUAUGAUGCAGAGGCUGACCCUGCUGGAAACCAAGGUGAAGACCCAAGCCCUGGACAUUGACCACAAGGAGAAAAUAAUUACAGCUCUGGGGGAGAAAAUGAAGCUUCUUCAGAAGUCAACAGAGAAAAACAGUGAUAGGAGCAGAGAGGAUGAUCUCAUAAAAACAUGCCACAGGCUUCAGGGCCAGGUAUCGGAGAUGGAGCGGUUUCUGAACGAUUACGGAAUGAUCUGGGUGGGGAGCGGAGAGGAGCGUGACACAGCCAGUCAACAGGAAGUAGAGGAAGCUGAGCAGACCCAGAGCUCCGAGAGAGUGGUGUGGCAACCAGAGACCUCUGUGGCCAGGAGGAACUUCCAGAUAAACUUUGACCUGGUGCUCCAGAACAUCCAGCAGUUGAACAUCCUGGCUGGGGAGGGAGAGUCCUACGUCAGGGUCACGUCCAGAGGGGCACAGCUGGCCCAGCAGCACCUCAUUCCACUACGGCUCUACAGCAAUGGCAUCUUCAUGUUCAAUGGGCCCUUCCGCUCUUACCAGGAAGCCAGCACACAGCAGUGCAUGCAAGACCUGAUGGACGGAUACUUCCCUUCUGAGCUACAGGACAGGUUUGCAGACGGGGUGCCCUUUCAGGUUCACGACAGGCGAGAGGAGGAGUUCCAAGAGAGGCGACCGUGGGCAGAGUUCCCUGGGAAGGGGCAGGCUGUGGUUGGAUGCACAGAGGGGGAGAAAUCAACAGACAGCUUAGAACACGCCUACUGUACCGUCUCCCAGAUACCCGGCAGAAAACUGACAAUGGACCAAUUCCUGAACAGGCUGCCCAAGGUGGUGGUGAAGGCUGGUAGAGUGAUUGACAUCAGGGACUCUGUGAAAGCCAGUCUACAGGGCUCUUCUGAUGCUUCAAACAGCCAUGCUGUGACCGUCAUAGACACACCAGAGCUACAGGCUAUGAAAGAGAGGUUGGAGUUGCAUGAGACUGAUCCCCAUAACUCGGUCCGUGAUGUCACCACACUGAGGGUGAAGUCAGAGGAUGGCGAGCACACCUACAUCAUGAAGAUGCGUUUCUCAGAGACCAUAGGUCAUCUGCGCCAGUAUCUGGACAAGCACAGAUGGACAGAUGCCACAGCGUAUGAUAUCAUCAGUGCGUUCCCACAGCGCUGGUACAGUGAGGACUCUCAGACACUCCUCUCCUGUGGGCUCACUCCCAAUGCUGCUCUGCUGCUUAGGACUAGGCCAGGCCCUCGUCAAUGACAGACCAACAAAUCGCCCUGUCACUCUCCUCAUGGUUAUAAAAUACUGUAUUUACUUUCAUAAGCAUGUAUAUUCAGAUCUGAUAGGGAUGUGACACUAGGGGGUGCCAACACUUACAGAACAAUCCUUUUCAGGAUCAUCAUGACAUGGGAAAAUCCUAAUUUCCAUAGGGACACUUGCAUAAUUAUUGAUGUAGAUAAUUCACCUUGAACCAUGACUGCUUAAAUUAAAAAAAAAAAAAAAGGUAGAGUUAGCGGAAUAACAUUCCAUGAGCGAGAUGCAAGACUCACUCUCACACACUCUUGUACAUGGGUUUCUUAUACUCUUAGGGACCAAAACAGCAGAGACGUUUAGCCUGGCGCGCCAAUGAUCUUAGUUGUUGCGGAAAAUUGGCCCACUAUGCAUCUACGUCAUAUCGCUGACUCUACCUUUAAAAUGUAAGGAUUUUAAUCAAAGAAAAUUACAAGAUCAAAGCCAACUUAUUGAAAAAACUUUAUUUCUAAAAUGUGUAAAUACAAAAGGAUAAAAAAUAUAUUCAAUAUAAACAUUUUACAUUUUUGAAAAAUAUUUGACAUAAGGAAAGUUUGUCUAACUUUGUUAAAGCUCAAAUGAAAACUCACAUUAGUCUCAUCUAGACAAUGUUAGACAUCCAAAUGUCUGUCCCAACUUAGUGCCAUGAUGUUCGUCAACUGAAGGAAAGCAUUUGACGUGACGUUCCAUCAAUAAAUCAAACCACUGUUUUUUUUGCUCUUCGAACACUGAAACAAACUAGAUGAAAGUUAGUGUUUGAUUUUAUUAGGAUCUCUUUUAGUCCCCAUUUGGACUAAUCUUCCAAGAGUCCUUAACAUUAAAAUACAAAACACA